CCUGCCCUUCGGCCUCGGCUGUGCGGACAUGCUGCUCUCCUCCUCGCCCUCGGUCGCCGCUCCCAGAUUCACCUCGCCGCCGCCGCCGCUCCCCCUGUCCGCACCCCGCCGGCCGCCGCGAUCCCGGGCCAUUACUGCUGAGACCCGUCCCGCCUCGUAGGCCGCGCUUCGUGUUCGUGGUCACCGCGCCCGCCCCGCCGUUGGCGGCGUGCGAGAGACCGGCCGCUUUUCCGGUGCCGCGUGGUGUUCCCGACACCCGGCGCGCAGCGAUGGGGGCGGAAAUGCAGUGAGAUGAGAUGGUAGUGGUUCGCUACUCCCGGAGGUGCGGCUGUUGCUGUCUUAGGCAUCAUAGAUCAUUCCCACUUUCGGCUAAGCAUUCACCGUACCUUUCUGUGCAGGUGUAAAUGCAGUCCAGAAAUUCGGGAUGAGCCCCCUCUCUGAGCUUGUGUGGUCUCCGGAUGAGGGUUUGAGCAUUAAAAUUGCAGCGUCCAGCCUAAGCACGAGGAAGGCUUCUCUUCGCUGGAAUGCAGAUACGUUGAGCAUAGUAAUAUCCUCACCUCAACAAAGUGGUGCGGGUGGUGCAAAGAGCAGUGAUAACAUAUAUGAUAACCAAGAGGUGUUAGAAAAGAUACCAUCACAACUACGGGCUCGCAGUGACAGCUCAGUGAGAGUAACUACAAACCCAAAUAGAAUCGCAAACCUUGAUGCCCUACAAUCUAUGUCAAUGAGAUCGCAAGAGCAAGAUUCAAGGAUCAAUGUUGUGAAUGAAGGGAAACAAGGGUCUGAAGACUGCUGCGUGGAUAAGCCAGAGGACAUGGAAUUGAGUAGUUGUCCAACAAGAUGUUGCAAGGAUGCUUCCCACGGCUCGGCUUCCAGAAAAGAAGUCAUGGCUAGUAUUUCAGAAAACCAGGUUUACUAUGCAACCACUGUCCACAAUGAAAGAUCUUGGGAAACUAAUGCCUGGCGUGCUCGAUUAAUAAAAGCAGUUCGUCAGAAAGACUCUAUGUUGCCAAAAAACACAGAGAAUGCAUUGCCACAUUCUACCUUAGGAAUUUCAUGCGAUGCAGGAGAGGUCUCAGGCAAAUUGGUGGCAGAUUUCCUAGAUAACAGAGAUGUUCAGAGUCUGGGCAAUGAUAACAAUGCAAUUAAUAAUGUUCCAGUAAUUCCUUCCUGUGGCAAUCACCAAGAUCCAGUUCUGCAGGAAAGCCAUAAUGGUGAACCUGUAGUUGCGAGAGGGGAGUCAGCAUCUGCUAUCAAUGCUGUUGCAAAAUGCGAGUCAGCACCCGGAGUUGAUGCCAGAAAGCUUGAGAAGGGAAAAGAAAAGGUUGUGUACAAUGACAGCAAUUGUGUUGGCAAUACGAAGGAGAAUGAUGACAGCAAUGAGAGCAUAGAGAGCUGUACGAGCGCAAAACCCCCAAAGCGGAAGCAUGCGCAGUGUUCUGAAGCCAUGAUGCCUUCUGGAAGCAAAAGAUUUAGAAGGGGAGACAAUGAGAGCUCUUGCUCAGGCUUAUUGGAAAAAUGUGGUAGCUCUUUCUUUAACUGGAUGUCAUCACUCACAAAUGGAUUACCCAUGCUUGAUGAAGCCACUACUGCUGUUGCACUUGACCAGAAGUUUUCAGCAAGUACAGGAGAAGGAUCUGCAGCACCUCCCCUGCCACUUCAAAACAAUAGCGGCAUUCAUAUGCACUGUGCUGGCUUCAAUUCACUCUUCCAGUCUCUGUAUACUCAUAAUGUUAUGAUAACUUCAAGAAAUAAUUGUCGUCAACCAGAAAGCAACUGCACCGGGCAUGUCUUCAAUAGACUGUCUCUGGAAUUAAAUAAUAGUAAUUCUAUGUUCGACAAACAAAUUGGCAUGGGCAGAGAAACUCUUGAUGUGACUGCUGAGACUUCAGCUGCUGAACGCUUUCAGAUGGUUUCUGGUGGUAGUAGAGGAAACUUUCAUAAUCAAAUCGAUAUGUUCCCAAUGAGACUAGAGAAAAAUAUGAAACUGCCCAACUCCAGUCAGUUUUGUUCUAAACCUCUUGAAGAAAAACAAACUGAGUGUGCUGUUGGUUGCUCAAAUGAUGCAACAAGAAAUAAAGGUGGUUUUGUGGACAGCUUGUGGGUAAGUCGGUUUUUGCCAAAAACAUCAUUGGAAGUGAUGGAGGCAACACCAUGCAAUGUAGAGAGUGCUGUUAAUCCAAAGGCUGUGGGUGACAUGCUGUAUUGUCCAUCUGUUCAGAAUCUCAACGAGAAGGAAUUAAACAGUACACAAAACUUUACUGGCAGAGGAAGCAGCGAUGGUGCAACAAGUAGUAAAUGUCCAGCAGUGCCUCCAGAAGAACCUAAGAAAUCUGAAUCAAUGGCUUCUGUUUUUGCAAAGAGAUUGGAUGCACUUAGACAUGCAAAGACCUCUGCAGUAAGGUUGGCUAUCGCAUGUGAUCGUGGAAUAGCCAAACUGAAUAACCACAAAAUGAACUCUUUAGUUGUUAGUUACAGCAGCCAUGAUGAGCUAGAGGUGGGACAUGGAACUCAUAAAUCUUCUAGUGGAAAUGGAAGAAUAGUUCUGUGUGCAGAUGACAAAGGUAAGGAAAAAUGGUGUACUCAAAGUAACGAAGAGUUAAGAGGAAACUUUUUGUCUGAGCAUGAGCAUCAGGAUCAUGGAGGGAACACAGCUGGAAAAUCAACUCCUCAGCACAAUUUGGAAGUGAACACAUUGGCCGAAGAUAUUGAUAGAAAAAGAGUAGAAUUGAAGGGAGGAAUCUCAGAUUUUAUGGCUAGUCUGCCAGAUAACAAGCAAAUUGUACCUUAUGGCAUCAUACCCAAUGCUGUCUCUGAUGAAUCAAGUGUUGUUUUUGGAGCCUUACAUAGGCUUCGCUUGUCUCGCUCAGAUAUAAUAAGAUGGCUGAGAUCACCGAUAAUGGACACUACCUUAGAUGGCUUUUUUGUGCGACUACGAUUUGGUAAAUGGGAGGAAGCAUUGGGUGGCACUGGAUACCAUGUUGCCCGCCUGAAUGGAGCACUGGAUAGGAAUCACCUUUCUGUAACGAUCAGAAAUUCAACCUGUCAAGUAGAUUCUCGCUUUGUAUCCAACCAUGACUUCCAUGAGGAUGAGCUGAAGGCAUGGUGGUCUGCUGCCAUGAAGGGUGAAUGGAAGCUACCAUCAAAAGAAGAACUGAGUAUGAAGCUAAGAGAAAGAGAGCUACUUCGUUCUUAGAACAGAACGAUUCGACACCCCACAGCAGUACUGAAACACGGAUGUUUGCUAUCCAUCCUUCUUGUUUCCUUAAUGGUAAAUGCGAGCCAGUUAACGUGGCAUCAAUUAUUUUGUCACGAUAAGCUCUAUAGUGCUCGUUUUUUGCGGUGUCAUGACUACCGCUCGGCCGCAGUUGGUCCGAAAGGGCAACGACGCUAUCUUCAUCAUCCUUGGUAUGUCCAGAUGUAUCAGGAAUUCAGGAUGUCGUUCUUUGCUGAGCUAGGGGUGGUCGGUUGUAACAUCAGCUUGUCGCGUACAGCAUAUAUAUGAUUUGUUUUUGUUUUUCCUUUUGCGGUGGGAUGAGGUGCUGUACUGUUGUGUGAUAUGGCCCUGUCUGUAAAUAGGAAGCGCUACGGACAGAAUGGUACAUUUGUAAUUUUGUUCUGCCGUUAACUAAUACAAUAUACUUCCUCGAAAUAA